AUGUUUUCCAAAUUGUCCCUGUUGGCCGUGGUUCUCGCUUUUGGCCUGGUUUCUGGCCUCAGCCUUAGCCUCACGCUAAAGCCCAGCAAGCUGCAGUUGCCGACCAACAAGAAGAUCCUCGGUCUUCAGCAGCAGACGGAGGAGCUGGCUGCUCGGGAUCCUGGCACUUCGAUUGCCUGUUUCGACUACUAUCGACCACUUAUCAACGCAGUGGCGGCCCAGUACGAGCAGGACUACAACAAGUGCGAGAAGGACUUCGAAAACGGCAAGGAACUGGUCUUCGCCGCCUGGAACAGCACUCUCUUCAACAUUCAGGCUUCUGGUGAUAGUGGCUGCAACACCUUCUUCGAGUGCUCCUCCAUCGUGGAGGCCGUGCAAGCCUUCGACUGCUUCGCCAAAGUCGGAGCCGAGCAAUCGAAAAUCAUGUACCAAGUGUCGGCAAAUGCCACCGAAGCCGCUGCCCAGAUCACUAUCCAUUUGCAGACUUUGGAGAGCCAGGUGGAAAUCUGCUUCAACUAUGCCUCGAAGGAUUACGUUGAGGGCACCGCCCGCUACUACGAUGAACUUACCGAUUGCCUUGCGGGAGCUCCGAUUCCGAAGGAAACCACUGCAAAUUGGUAUUAUACCACAUAG